AUGGACGCUCGACAACAAGAACGCAUAUUGCACUGGUUGGAGGAGGAGGAAGAGGAGAUUCUUGGUGGAGAGGAUGAUGAAGAUGGAAAUCAUAUAUACCCGGACGAAACAAGCGAACACAACACGGAUUCAGAGCAAGAAUGUGAUGAUGGUGAUCCAGAAACCCAGGAUCAUGUGUCAGAAUCGUCCGAAGACCAACAAAUGGAUGUAGAUAGUUCGGAUAGUGACGAUAAUGAGCCAUUGAUCCACAUUUCAUCACAGAACUUUUAUUUUGUCAAAAAAAAAAGAUAA